AUGUCCUCUCUGAAGUUGAACGCCGAAAAGACCCGUCGUGUGGCCAUCGCUUGCUCCGCAUGUCAGCAGAAGCGCGUUCGCUGCGAAGGCACCGAGCCUUCAUGUCGCCGUUGUAUUGAGAACGGGAUUACUUGUGAAUAUCAAUAUCGGGAGAAUAAGCGGAAGCCUCCAAGCAAGCGCUUUGUAGAGUCGUUGCAGGCGCGUAUCAAAGUUCUGGAGUCUCAACUGAGUUUAUUGGGUAAAGACACCUAUGACUUGCUCUUAAAUGACGACGGCCAUAUCCCCGGCGACGAAGCUGAGGGCAUGGGCGAGACCGACGAAAGCGACGACCAGUCCGCUUUAAGUCCAAUGCAUGACUUCGUCCGCGAACUCGCCCACACAUAUGGCUCUCUGACCCUUGACGAUAAUGGCCAGCUGCGCUACUUUGGCCCUCAGAGCAACUUCAAUCUAUUGCACUCUUAUAUGGAUCAUCGCGACCGUCAAAGCGUGCACGAUGUGCAGGACCACGGUGUUCCUUCCCGGACUUGGGUCACCCCCGAGAUCCAGAUCCCUCUGGAGCUGCAGGAACAUCUCCUCGAUCUUUACUUUUGCUGGCAGAAUCCCUGGCUGUACCUCAUCGAGAAGGAAAUAUUUCUUCGUGAUUUCCGCAGCACCGACAGAACUCGCUACUGUACCCCGGUACUGCUCUUGGCCAUCUUCUCCGUCGCUGCUCGCUAUUCUGAUCGAACGGAAAUCCGCGCAAAUCCAGCCGACCCGAAUACCGCCGGCGACGAGUUUGCGCAAGCCACAAAGACAUUGUUAAUGAUUGACUGCGAAAAGCCGACCGUUACUACAGUACAGGCCGCAGCUCUCCUGGCGCUCCGUUGGAUAGCAGAAAACAACGAGCCUGCGGGAUGGCUAUACACCGGAAUGGCGACCCGGAUAGCGUACAACCUUGGCCUGAACGUUGACAGCGACAAAUGGCUGAAAUCCGGCCUCAUCACAGAAGAGGAUGCGGAAGUUCGCAAAGUAGCCUGGUAUGGAUGCUGGACGUUGGACAAACUUUUUUGCCUUCACCUAGGGCGUUCCGGAACGGUGCCCGACCGCGAUGUAACAUGUUGCAAGCCGAGUCUCAGUAAUUCGGCGGAGUUUGAGCCUUGGUCAUCAGGCCAGAGCGGGCCGGGCGAGCUUUUCGGAGCCCAUGCUAGGAUUGCCUCAACCGCACAUUACAUGACCGACCACCUGAGUCUGGUUCUGCACGCGCUAGAUCUGAUCUACGCACCCAAUAGCAAGCUGUCGGGCGCUGAGGUUGACGCAUUAGUCUCGAAGACCGAUCUUGCAACCAACACGUUCUGGUCCACUCUUCCAAGCUACCUACGCCUGCCGAGUUCUUCGAGAACCCGGGCUUUGCCACAUAUAUAUCAACUACAUAUACAAUAUCAUGUGGCACAGAUACUUCUACAUCGACCGUUCAUUGCCAAAAAUCAGGCCAAGCCACGAAGCUCCAAACUGGUGUUGGACGUCGAUAACAUACACCUAAAGCUGUGCCGCGACUCGGCUUCGGAGAUCGUGAGGCUGCUGCGAGUCUACAAGCACCAUUAUUCUUUGCGUCUCGUUCCCGUCGGCACAGUCUCCCACACCUUCACGGCCGCGAUAAUACAUUUGAUGGACGCCACAUCUGGUGACCCAACCAUCCAGAAACAAGGCAACGCAAAACUUCGCUUUCGCAUCUCCGCUCUUCAGGAGAUGGAAACGGCCUGGUUCUGGAGCUUUCGAGCUCGUCGAGCAAUCCAAAUCCUCGCUAGCGCAUGGCUCACUAAAGCGCCAGCAAGUCCUUUGUCAGCCUCAACAGGUAGAUCACAAGCAAAGAUUUCGGCUGUCACCGAAUCUGCAGCAACAGCGCAACCACCUUACGACAUUUCACCCCAUUCUGACCCCGGCGCUGGCACGAUGCCAGUCGGAUUCCCGGCCACUUUCUCGGCAUUCGAGCAACAAUCCAGCAACGGCUCUGUGCCUGAGCUCUCCGCCGAUGACCUGAACUGGAUUUUCAACGUCGACGCCGCAACUAAUGGGGCUUUUGAUGGUCUGGGGGAUUGGCAAUCUUUGAAUGAAACCGACAUGUGGCUCAGCAUGGCGGCCCAAAGCACUUUCGCAACCACCAACAUGGAAACGUACCCUUAUUCACCCAACGUAGAGGGCAGCACUGGUGGCUGA